AGAAGUUUAACACCUACGUGACGCUGAAGGUGCAAAAUGUCAAGAGCACAACCAUCGCUGUGCGGGGCAACCUGCCCUCCUGGGAGCAGGACUUCAUGUUUGAGAUCAACCGGCUCGACCUGGGCCUGACAGUGGAGGUGUGGAACAAGGGGCUCAUCUGGGACACCAUGGUGGGGACAGUGUGGAUCCCGCUCCGGACCAUCCGGCAGUCCAAUGAGGAGGGCCCUGGGGAAUGGCUCACACUCGACUCCCAGGUCAUCAUGACCGACAACGAGAUUUCGGGCACCAAGGACCCCACUUUCCACCGUAUCCUCCUUGACACCCGCUUUGAGUUGCCAUUGGAUAUCCCUGAGGAGGAGGCUAGGUACUGGGCCAAGAAGUUGGAGCAGCUCAAUGCCAUGCGGGACCAGGACGAUUACGCCUUCCAGGAGGAGCAGGAAAAGCCUCUGCCCGUUCACAGCUCCCAGUGCUGCAACUGGAAUUAUUUUGGCUGGGGAGAACAGCAGAAUGAUGACCCCGACAGCACAGUGGAUGACCGGGACAGUGAUUACCGCAGCGAGACCAGCAACAGCAUCCCGCCGCCGUACUACACCACCUCCCAGCCCAACGCCUCAGUCCACCAGUACCCCAUGAGGCACCAGCAGCAGAGCUCCCGUGAUUCCUACACUGACUCCAUGCAGAGCUAUGAGAUGGACUACUCAGACCAGCGUCCCAUCAGCCCCACAGGGAGCAGCCGCUAUGCAUCAUCAGCCGAGCUGAGCCAGGGCAGCUCCCAGCUGAGCGAGGACUUCGAGAACGAGAGCCUGCGGGACUCAGAACUGGAGGAACGGGACGGCGACUCCUACCACUCCUGCCACAGCUCUGUCAGCUACCACAAGGACUCGCCCCGCUGGGAGGAGGAAGAGGAUGAUGACCUUUAUCUGGAGGAGGAGGAAGAGGAGGAAGAGUUCAAUGAGGACUACAGUGAGAACGAGGAAGGCUACACCAAGGAGGAGGAGGAGGAGGAGGAGGAGGACCUGCGGGAGCAGGACACCUAUGAAAGCCCCGAGCAAGAUGCCUACACCCCACCACAGAAACCCUUGGGGCAGCAGCAGCAGCAACAGGGUGCCUGGGGUGUCGAGGUGGGAGAAGCCCACCUUGUGCCACUCAGGGAGCAGGCAGAGGCGGAGGUGCAGGACCCCAAAGCACGAGCCAAAGCCAACUGGCUGAGAGCCUUCAACAAGGUCUGCAUGCAGCUGCAGGAGGCUCGCGGGGAAGGCGAUGGAGAAGCUAAAUCCCUGUGGUUCAAAGGCGGGCCUGGUGGCGGGCUGAUUAUUAUAGACAGCAUGCCGGACAUACGCAAGCGAAAACCCAUCCCCCUAGUUAGCGAUUUGGCAAUGUCCCUGGUCCAGUCCAGGAAAGCAGGAAUCACAUCUGCGCUGGCCUCAAGCACCUUGAACAAUGAGGAGCUGAAAAACCAUGUUUACAAGAAGACCCUGCAAGCCUUAGUGUACCCCAUCUCCUGCACGACGCCCCACAACUUUGAGGUGUGGACGGCCACCACCCCCACCUACUGCUACGAGUGUGAGGGGCUGCUCUGGGGCAUCGCCCGGCAGGGCAUGCGCUGCGCCGAGUGUGGUGUCAAGUGCCAUGAGAAGUGCCAGGACCUGCUCAAUGCCGACUGCCUGCAGAGGGCAGCAGAGAAGAGCUCCAAGCACGGAGCAGAGGACCGGACCCAGAAUAUCAUCAUGGUGCUCAAGGACCGCAUGAAGAUCCGGGAGCGCAACAAGCCAGAGAUAUUUGAGCUGAUCCAGGAGGUGUUUGGGGUCACCAAGACCACGCACACGCAACAGAUGAAGGCAGUGAAGCAGAGCGUCCUGGACGGCACCUCCAAAUGGUCGGCCAAGAUCAGCAUUACAGUCGUUUGUGCCCAGGGCCUGCAAGCAAAGGAUAAGACGGGGUCCAGUGACCCAUAUGUCACUGUCCAGGUUGGAAAGACAAAAAAAAGGACUAAAACUAUCUACGGCAAUCUCAACCCGGUCUGGGAGGAGAAUUUCCAUUUCGAGUGCCAUAACUCCUCUGACCGCAUCAAGGUCCGUGUCUGGGACGAAGAUGACGACAUCAAGUCCCGUGUUAAGCAGCGCUUCAAGAGGGAGUCUGAUGACUUCCUGGGCCAGACGAUCAUCGAGGUCCGGACCCUGAGUGGGGAGAUGGACGUCUGGUACAACCUCGACAAGCGGACAGACAAGUCGGCUGUGUCAGGAGCCAUCCGGCUGCACAUCAGCGUGGAGAUCAAAGGCGAGGAGAAGGUGGCUCCUUACCAUGUACAGUACACCUGCCUGCACGAGAACCUGUUCCACUUUGUGACGGAUUUACAAAACAACGGAGUGGUGAAGAUCCCCGACGCCAAGGGGGAUGAUGCCUGGAAGGUGUACUUUGAUGAGACAGCACAGGAGAUCGUGGAUGAGUUUGCCAUGCGCUACGGGGUGGAGUCCAUCUACCAGGCCAUGACGCAUUUUGCCUGCCUUUCCUCCAAAUACAUGUGCCCAGGGGUGCCUGCAGUGAUGAGCACCCUGCUAGCCAACAUCAACGCAUACUACGCCCACACCACGGCUUCCACCAACGUCUCAGCCUCCGACCGCUUUGCCGCUUCCAAUUUCGGGAAGGAGCGGUUCGUCAAACUCCUCGACCAACUGCACAACUCACUGCGGAUCGACCUCUCCAUGUACCGGAACAACUUCCCUGCCAGCAGUCCUGAACGGCUGCAGGAUCUCAAGUCCACAGGGGAUUUGCUGACCAGCAUCACCUUCUUUCGGAUGAAGGUCCAGGAGCUGCAGAGCCCCCCCCGAGCCAGCCAGGUGGUGAAGGACUGCGUGAAAGCCUGCCUCAACUCCACCUAUGAGUACAUCUUCAACAACUGCCACGAGCUGUACAGUCGCGAGUACCAGACAGACCCGACUAAGAAAGGCGAGGUGCCCCCUGAGGAGCAGGGCCCCAGCAUCAAAAACCUGGACUUCUGGUCCAAGCUCAUCACCCUGAUAGUCUCCAUUAUCGAGGAGGACAAGAACUCCUACACGCCUUGCCUGAACCAGUUCCCCCAGGAACUGAAUGUGGGGAAGAUCAGCGCCGAGGUGAUGUGGAACCUCUUUGCUCAGGACAUGAAGUAUGCGAUGGAGGAGCAUGACAAGCACCGCCUGUGCAAGAGCGCAGACUACAUGAACCUGCACUUCAAGGUGAAGUGGCUGUACAACGAGUACGUCACCGAGCUGCCCUCCUUCAAGAGCCGCGUCCCUGAGUACCCGGCCUGGUUCGAGCCCUUCGUUAUCCAGUGGCUGGAUGAGAAUGAAGAGGUGUCGCGGGAUUUCCUGCAUGGAGCGCUGGAGCGGGACAAGAAGGAUGGGUUCCAGCAAACGUCGGAGCACGCGCUCUUCUCUUGCUCCGUGGUGGACGUCUUCUCCCAGCUCAACCAGAGCUUUGAGAUCAUCAAGAAACUCGAGUGCCCUGACCCCCAGAUCGUCGGGCACUACAUGCGAAGGUUUGCCAAGACCAUCAGCAAUGUGCUACUCCAAUAUGCUGAGAUCAUCUCCAAGGAUUUUGCCUCAUACUGCUCCAAGGAGAAGGAGAAAGUGCCCUGCAUCCUGAUGAACAACAUCCAGCAGCUCCGCGUCCAGCUCGAGAAGAUGUUUGAAGCCAUGGGUGGGAAGGAGCUGGACACAGAAGCCAGUGAUAUCCUCAAGGAACUGCAGGUGAAACUCAACAACGUCCUGGAUGAGCUGAGCCGAGUCUUUGCCACCAGUUUCCAACCGCACAUCGAGGAGUGCGUGAAGCAGAUGGGUGACAUCCUGAGCCAGGUGAAGGGCACUGGCAACGUCCCUGCCAGCACCUGCAGCAGCGUUGCGCAGGAUGCUGAUAACGUCCUGCAGCCUAUCAUGGACCUCCUGGACAGCAACCUGACACUCUUUGCCAAGAUCUGCGAGAAGACAGUGCUGAAGCGAGUGCUGAAGGAGCUCUGGAAGCUGGUGAUGAACACGAUGGAGAAGACCAUCGUCCUGCCCCCGCUCACUGACCAGACGAUGAUUGGGACGCUCUUGAGAAAACAUGGCAAGGGGACAGAGAAGAGCAGGGUGAAGCUGCCCAGUCACACUGAAGGCACGCAGAUGAUUUUCAAUGCAGCCAAGGAGCUGGGGCAGCUUUCUAAGCUGAAGGACCACAUGGUGCGGGAGGAAGCCAAAAGCCUGACCCCAAAGCAAUGUGCAGUGGUGGAGCUGGCACUGGACACCAUCAAGCAAUACUUCCAUGCCGGUGGUGUGGGGCUGAAGAAGACGUUCCUGGAGAAGAGCCCUGACCUGCAGUCGCUGCGCUAUGCCCUGUCCCUCUACACCCAGGCCACCGACCUCCUCAUCAAAACCUUUGUGCAGACCCAGUCUUCGCAGGUUCAUGGUGGGAAAGGUAUUAGGUUUACCCGUUGUCCAGAUGCUCAGCCGUCUGUCUGCUCUGGUGUGGAUGACCCUGUUGGGGAGGUGUCCAUCCAUGUGGAGCUUUUAACUCACCCUGGCACUGGCGAACACAAAGUCACAGUCAAAGUGGUGGCUGCGAACGACCUCAAGUGGCAGACAUCGGGCAUCUUCCGGCCCUUCAUUGAGGUCAACAUCAUUGGGCCCCAUCUCAGUGACAAGAAGAGGAAAUUUGCCACCAAAUCCAAGAAUAACAGCUGGGCCCCCAAGUACAAUGAAAGCUUCCAGUUCACCCUGGGGACAGAGACGGGCCCUGAGUGCUACGAGCUGCAGGUGUGUGUGAAGGAUUACUGCUUCGCCCGGGAGGACCGGACCGUGGGCAUCGCUGUCCUGCAGCUCCGCGAUAUCCUGCAGCGACCUGGCUGUGCCUGCUGGCUUCCCCCCGGCGACACCGGCCUCACUGUCCUCCGCAUCCUCUCCCAACGCAACAAUGAUGAGGUGGCCAAGGAGUUCGUCAAGCUCAAGUCGGACACGCGCUCAGCCGAGGAGGGCAGCAGUUAA